UCUCCAUGUUUCGUCGCAUCUUUUUUCCCCCUUUCCCUCUUCUCUCUUGUUCGACCGCCAUGACGUAUCCCAAAGCGCUGCUCCUUUUACCGCUCUAGGAAGGCUGACACGGGAUCUCCCCCCUCCAUCGACAGUAAUCGAGAUGGACAAACAACCGCCGCCCUGCCAGUUCCGACUCCCUGCGUCCCACGUCCGUCCCACGUCCGUCCUCCGGCCGCGGUCUCACUGACUCGGGAGUCCCUCUCCCCCCCUGGGCCAUUGACGACAGCUUAUGGGCUCCGGGAUCGCCAGUUCUUGCGUCGUCGUGGUUUUGAAGUCGUUCGUGAUAAGCAAAACAUGACGUCGGCGCUGUUCAUGGCGCUCUUCCCCCUUGCCCCUGCCGUCCGGGGUGCCGUCUCUGGGGAUCGGGGAGUGAUGCGGCUGUCCUCGAGGAGCAACUGCAGCCGCCUGGACAUACAUCGUAUCGAGGGACCAGCACCUCCCAGUCAAUCGGAAGGAAGGGGGUGUGUGAACGGAAAGCAAACGGCAUUUCCCCGGUGCCCUGCCCUGGGAAGGCCUGGGAAAGGUGGUUUGUGCUUCUUGCUGAUCGCGUCGUGCCUAUCGCAACCCCAAAAUGAGCUUGUUGUUUUAUUGUCAUUUUAUGGUUUGAAUCGGCGCCGCCGUUGGGCACGACCUUUGAAACGAAAUGAUGACCCAAACUCUAAUCCCCGGUUGAACGUCUGUCUGAUGGUUCAGGCCGGCGGGCAAGGUUUACCGUUUGUUUGUCAUAUCAAUUUGGAUGAUGGUUAUUGGACUGAUAUGGCAACUCUGGAUGGAUGAUGGAUGUGAUGUGGCUCUGGGGUAGAGCCACCCCCUUCGCGAACUCCGGGGUUUUUUUUUGAUUUGGACGAGCUGAACCGGAUGGAAAGUCUGAUUGCCUCGUGGCCGGCCGCCCUGACUCGCGGACGGAUAUCUCACGCCAAAUGUCACGAUCAUCUCUCUCUCGAAUGUACGCCGAGCGAGGGCUUGGCUUAAUUGAAAGCGCAAAAGUAAGGGGAUUCAUUCGUGAUAACUAUCUUCUGAAGAACGAGACCAUUGCAAA